GACAGAUGCGCUGCCGCAUUCGUGACUAGAAAAGAGUCCCCAGGAAUCUCUGGCUCCUGCCUUCAGAUUGUGAUCUUUCCAGAUUUUGCCUCUUCAAGGUGAAUGCGGCUUCAAGGGGCCAUCUUUGUGCUCCUGCCCCACCUGGGGCCCAUCCUGGUCUGGCUGUUCACUCGUGAUCACAUGUCUGGUUGGUGUGAGGGCCCGAGGAUGCUGUCCUGGUGCCCAUUCUACAAAGUCUUAUUGCUUGUACAGACAGCCAUCUACUCUGUCGUGGGCUACGCCUCCUACCUGGUGUGGAAGGACCUGGGAGGGGGCUUGGGGUGGCCCCUGGCCCUGCCUCUUGGCCUCUAUGCUGUUCAGCUCACCAUCAGCUGGACUGUCCUGGUUCUCUUUUUCACAGUCCACAACCCUGGUCUGGCCCUGCUGCACCUGCUGCUGCUGUAUGGGCUGGUGGUGAGCACAGCACUGAUCUGGCAUCCCAUCAACAAACUGGCUGCCCUGUUACUGCUGCCCUACCUAGCCUGGCUCACCGUGACUUCAGCCCUCACCUACCACCUGUGGAGGGACAGCCUUUGUCCAGUGCACCAGCCUCAGCCCACGGAGAAGAGUGACUGAGGCCCUAGGGCAUGGGAGAGGAGGGACGCCCAGGGUGGGGAGGAAGAGUCUGCAAGCAGGGCUGUGGAGUUAGGGUUCACCCCAAUGGGACCACCCUCCUGGGUCCCCUGGUGCCGUUUUUCCUUAGAAAUCAGAGAAAUGGGAAAGAGGGGGGAAACUGAUUUUACACUUAAAUAAUAAAAUCCUAUUAGUAACUCUGAAGGUAUGAUGU